AAAGUAAGGAACAUUAACAUAGUGUGGAAAUGGAUUUUGAGUGUAAUGAAGUGAAAGUAUGGAAGGAGAAAUUGUUGUCUUACGAGAAUAGUUUAGAAUCAAUCAAGAAACCGGAAUUAGUGAAACUUGAUGAGUUUUAUAGAAAUGAAUUACCUUGUUUGAUACAGAAACGAAACCCUAACCCAUACAUUACUAAACCAGAACUCACUAAACUGAUGCAAUGGAAGUUAACAAGAGGGAAAUGGAGGCCUCGUCUAUUGGAUUUUGUAUCUUCUUUGGAUGAAAGUUUAGUGGAAAGUGUUUCUCAGAAGGCUUUUAAAGCUCUUCCUGAUGUUUCUAAAGCUAUUACUGAACUUACAGUUUUAAAAGGGGUUGGACCUGCAACAGCAUCUGCAGUUCUUGCUGCUUAUGCUCCUGAUGUUGCUCCUUUCAUGUCUGAUGAGGCUAUGGUGGCAGCUCUAGGUAACUCGAAAGACUAUACAUUGAAACAGUACCUCAAAUUCACUGAAAAGUUACAGAACAAAGCCAAGGAACUAAGUCUAGAAAGUGAAGAUGAUCCCUUCACUCCGUCAGACGUUGAAAGAGCCUUGUGGAGCUCUGCUAUUGGUAGCAAGGAACAAGCGUCAGCUAAAGAAUCAAAGUCUACCUCAGGCAAGAGAAAGAGAAAAGCGUGAGUCCUGUGCCAAUCUAGCUUGCAGUACUUAUCUAGGAGUAACAUGUAAACAGCUUAAGUGAGCCUUACUCUUUUGUUGAAUCAUGGCUUUUGAUUGCUUUGACUACAUAUUCUGGGCUUGUAAAAGCAAUGGAACUUGGUGAUGUUCUUACCGAAGCAUGUAACCUAACUAAUACAGUUUUGUCAUAUGAAGUAAUCUUAUGGCAUCCGCUACCGUUCAA